UCUACGAUCUUCAGCUAAAUGCAGUAAAUUCUCUCCUUAAAAAUUGUUUAAAAUGCCCGAAGGGAGCCAAAUAUUUGUUGGUUUUCGAGCUUUAGGCUUCCACUGUAACCAUGUUCCAUUAGCCCUCCGUUAUAACCAGAGACACAAGGAUCAUUAUGUUGUUACGGCCGUGGGAAAGGCUUUCCAUACAUACAAUUGUUCGAAACUAGGAAUCGUCAGUGUAAGUAAUGCCCAUCCUGAUGACAUCACAUGCUUAGCUGCAGAUGCCUUCCUGGUCUUUACAGCCUGUCAGAAUAUUAUACGGGCAUUCACCCAGGGUCGACAGGUCAUCUAUACAUACACAGGACAUGAGAAAGAUGUUCAUUUGCUUCUACCAUUCGGUGAGCAUCUGGUGUCGAUUGAUGAAUCCAGCAAACUCAAGAUAUGGGACAUCAAAUCUACAGAGGUUUAUCUUGAGAUUCAGUUCAGCAAUGAAAGUUUCCAGGUUUCUGCGCUCAUGCACCCAACUACUUACCUCAAUAAGAUCCUGCUGGGAAGCAAACAGGGAACCAUGCAGAUCUGGAAUAUCAAAUCAAAUAAACUUGUGUACACUUUCAAGGGCUGGGGAUCUCCUAUUACGGUCAUAGAGCAGGCUCCAGCUGUAGAUGUCGUCGCAGUUGGUCUUGAAGAUGGCCGAACCAUCGUUCACAAUUUGAGAUAUGAUGAGACCAUUGUUACCUUUACCCAGGACUGGGGCCCAGUGACAGCCAUUUCUUUCAGAACAGACGGUCAGCCCAUCAUGGCCACUGGAAGCACCCCAGGGCAUAUUGCUCUCUGGAAUCUAGAAGAGAAACGUCUUCAAGCUCAAAUGAGAGAUGUCCACAAGUCUGGCAUCGCUGGCAUGAAGUUCCUAUCCUCGGAACCUGUCAUGGUGACAAACUCCGCUGAUAACGCCCUUAAGAUGUGGGUGUUUGAUCAGCCUGACGGAGGUGGACGCCAACUACGUGUUCGAAUUGGCCACAGUGCGCCCCCAGCAAAGAUUAAGUUCUAUGGGGAACAGGGGCAGAAUAUUCUUAGUGCAGGCCAAGACAGUAGCCUGAAAUCUUUCUCUACACUGCAUGAGAAGCACAACAAAGACCUUGGCCAGGCUAACCUGAAAAAGAAGCUUGGUAAUAGGAAAAGUAAUCUCAAGCAGAGAUACAAGAUGGCGCCUAUCACACAGUUUGCUGCAGAAAAGAGUCGUGAGAGUGAAUGGGACGGCAUAGCGGCAUGUCAUCAAGGAACAAACAUAGUGACAACAUGGAACUACCAACGUAGUACCAUGGGCAACCACAAGAUAAAGUGUUCACAUGUCAAGCCAUCAGCAGCUGUCGAAGCCACGGCCAUUGACAUCACUUCAUGCGGAAACUUUGUCGUAAUUGGUUGGAGUACGGGUCAUGUGGACACUUAUAACAUCCAAUCAGGGAUCCACAGAGGUUCCUAUGGCAGCCAGAAAGCGCAUGAGGGUGCUAUACGAGGCGUUAUUGUUGACGGUCUCAACCAAAUAGUCAUCACAGGGGCGUCUGAUUCCAAACUGAAGUUCUGGAACUUUAAGUUGAAGAAGUUGCUGGGACAUCUAACAUUGAAUGCAGCUGUCAAUCAGAUGUUACUGCACAGAGAAAGUUCGAUGCUUGCUGUUGGAAUGGAUGAUUUUGUUGUCGUCAUUGUUGAUAUUGACCUAAGGAGAGUUGUGAGAAGGUUCAAAGGUCACCAAAACAGGGUCACUGACAUGACCUUCAGCCAAGAUGCCCGCUGGCUUGUGACAUCAUCAAUGGACUCAACCAUCCGAACGUGGGACCUUCCCUCGAGCAGAUUGGUGGAUAGCUUCCUGCUAGAAGACGCUGCAACUAGUAUAGCACUCUCUCCAACAGGAGACUUCUUAGCAACGUCACAUGUUGACGAUCUUGGCAUAUAUUUAUGGUCAAACAAGACGCUGUAUGCCCAUGUGCCAAUACGUCCCCUUCCAGAUGACUAUGAGCCCAGCAUCGUGUAUCUACCAGGAACAAGUCUUGAACCAGAAGAAGUUCAUGAGGUCGAUUCUGCUGAGCUUGAAUCUGAUGACCUCGUCUCAGAGUUCACCUCACCACAACAGAUCUCAGCUGAGCUGGUCACACUCUCACUGCUCCCCAAUUCAAGAUGGAAGAGUCUUACAAACCUUGAACUUAUCAAGAAAAGGAACAAGCCUCAAGAGCCGCCAAAAGUACCCAAAGCAGCCCCUUUCUUCCUUCCAACGGUAGCCGGCCUCACGCCUAAAUUUGUUACACCAGACAUAGAGGGUGAUAAAAGCAAGGAUAAGGGAAGACUUUUCAGUCUGCAAAGCUUUGGGUCGCAGUCUGUCCUGUCGGCUGCUCUGGAAAAGAGUCUCCAUACUGAAACAUAUGAAGAAGUUGUUGCUCUGUUGAAAACUCUGUCCCCAUCAGAGAUUGACGUUGAGCUUCGUAGUUUGUCGCCUCUAGGGGGCGGUUCAAAAGAGGCCAUGAAGCACUUUAUUAUAUUCCUUCACAAGAGUCUAAUCACAAACAGUGAUUUUGAACUCAUACAGGCGUACACAGCACUUUUUACAAAGCUCCAUGGCGACGAAAUAGCAAAAGAACCAAGCUUAGUUGAAGAGGUCAACCACCUCUCUGAUAUUCAGCAGUCGUCAUGGCAACGUAUCCAAGCACAACUCAACAAGUGUUUGUGCUUGAUAAUGUACAUGAAAAACCCUGCAGUGUGAAUGAGUUUGGCAUCAGUGAGGUAUGCAGGGUUGUUGGUACCCACAAUCCUCAAACUUCCCCCUUCCCAAUCAAAUUUACCAUUUUAAGUUUUUGUACAGUAUCAUCAAGAAUAGACUGAACAACGGCAUUAAAACCGCCAUGAUGAUCAAACAUGAUUGAUAAUAUAAUAGUUUUACUAAAUGUAUAAGGGAUAAAGAACAUUAUUUUUGAUCAAAACCAAAACAAUAUGAAUUUUUAAAAAUUCAGAAAUACUUCCAUCUGUAGGAACUUUAGUUCAAAACACUUGAUAAUUUGUGCUGUUUUGGGGUUUCUUUCUUCUCAAAGACAUACAUUUCUCAUUAACCCUAGCAGUGUCACGUGUCAGUUAACGUGAUUUAAUUUAGAACUGUGUUUUCUAAGGGCCAAUUAUAUAUGCCUAUUUAUAAAGCAUUUGUACACAACACACACUAUGAAUUGUGACCCUAUUGACCCCUUAAAAUGGCUCCUUUCAGAGCACACAAUCCCUCAAAAGAGAAAUAAAACACGGUUGUACCCGCAAGUUUACUAUUAUUUGUAGUUUAUUCUUAUUCUUUACACCAUGCAAAGCUUCAAACAUCAAACCUCUUUUGAAGUUUUGCCACUCUCAUGUGAAAUUGCGUAUAUCUUGACUGUAUUCGAUAAAAUUCAAACCAACAACUAAACAGUUAGCUUUGGCUAUUUAUACUGAAAAUGACCUAUAUCAAGCUAUGGCCACUUUGAAUUUGUUGAUGCCCUGGCUUCAGUCUUGAGUAACAUCCAAAACAUUUAGAAAUGUUUCCAUCUGGAGAAAUUUGUGAACAAAACACUACAUCAGGAUUGGGAUUUUCAGUCCCUACCUGUCUGAAUCUGAGAAGCGUUAUCGCGUAUCUUUUCAAAUGAUGUAUUCCUAAUGAGGAGGAUUAUUCCUGCGUGGACAUCGCUCGAGAUUUUCAGCAUAUCUCAAAAACACGACCACCUUUGGUUAGGAACUUUUCAGAAGUGAGUUUUUAAGUGUAUACAUCU